UUUGUGGACGUAAGAUUUUCUUGCAGAGGAGACACUUGAAAGAAGUGCUCUAAAUAAACGAACUGAUUGUUUUGUACUAUGAGUAAUGUACCCAACCAAAAUGGAUCAGGUCUAGAGCAGCAGUUUGCUGGUCUGGACUUGGAAGGUGGCCACCAGCAGUCCGGUGGCCGCUACGUACCUCCUCAUCUUCGCAACAAGGCUGCGCCUGCCGCACCAACCGGAGAUUACGAGGGCCGUGGCGGAGAUUCGCAGUACGACAGACGAGACGCUCGGGACGACCGUGACCGAGACUUCCGCGGUGGCCAGAGCCGAGGCUUUUCCAGGGGUGGUCCACCUAGUCGCGACUAUGGUGGCGGCGGCGGCGGCGGCGGUGGCGGAGGUGGUUUUCGCGGCUGGCGUGACUCGAAUGGCGUGGAGCAGGGCGGAAGCUACCGCUCUGGCGGCAACAGGGACCGCGACCGGGACGGUGACUGGGGCCGUGGCGGCGGGGGCGGCGGCGGGGGAGGAGGGGGCAGGUGGCCGGACCGCAGCGACCCUCCCCCCGCACGCAACGACCGCUGGCAGGAGCCUCCCCCGUCGGGGCGGGGCGGAGGCGGCGGAGGGGGAGGGGGCCGCUCGCACGGCGGGGAGGCGGACUGGACCGUCCUGUCCGCUCGCGACGAGCGGCUGGAGUUCGAGCUGUUCGGCACCGGCAACACCGGCAUCAACUUCAACAAGUACGAGGACAUCCCCGUUGAGGCCACCGGGGACAACGUGCCUCAGCACAUCUCAUCUUUUGAUGACAUCAAGAUGACUGAGAUAAUCUCGAACAACAUAGCGCUGGCACGCUACGACAAGCCGACGCCCGUGCAGAAGUACGCCAUCCCGAUCAUCAUGGGGCGGCGCGACGUGAUGGCGUGCGCGCAGACGGGCUCGGGCAAGACGGCCGCCUUUCUCGUGCCGAUCCUCAACCAGAUGUACGAGCGCGGUCCGCAGCAGAUCAGCGGCAAGGUCAGCAAUGGAUAUGGCCGACGUAAACAGUUUCCCCUGGGUUUGGUGUUGGCACCCACACGAGAACUCGCCACCCAAAUCUUCGACGAAGCGCGCAAGUUCGCGUACCGCUCACGUUUACGCCCCUGCGUUGUGUACGGGGGUGCCAACGUGGGAGACCAGAUGCGCGAGCUGGACCGCGGCUGCCACCUGCUGGUGGCCACCCCCGGCCGUCUGGUGGACAUGCUCGAGCGAGGCAAGAUUGGCCUCGACAACUGCUGGUACCUAGUCCUGGACGAGGCAGACCGGAUGCUGGACAUGGGUUUUGAGCCGCAGAUUCGGCGCAUUGUGCAGCAAGACACGAUGCCCAAGACGGGCGAGCGGCAGACCCUCAUGUUCUCCGCCACCUUCCCCAAGGAGAUACAGAUGCUGGCACGGGACUUCCUGGACAACUACAUCUUCUUGGCGGUGGGCCGGGUGGGCUCCACCUCCGAGAACAUCACCCAGAAGGUGGUGUGGGUGGAAGAGCACGACAAGCGCUCCUUCCUGCUGGACCUCCUGGCUGCCAACUGCCAGCAGGAGUCCCCUGAAGAAUCUCUGACGUUGGUGUUUGUGGAGACCAAGAAAGGAGCAGACUCUCUGGAAGAAUACCUGCACAACGAAGGGUACCCCGUGACGUCGAUACACGGUGACCGCUCGCAGCGCGAGAGGGAGGAUGCCUUGCGUCGCUUCCGCUCUGGACAAACUCCCAUCCUGGUUGCAACUGCUGUUGCAGCACGAGGCUUGGACAUCCCUCAUGUGACCCACGUAAUUAACUUUGAUUUGCCAUCUGAUGUGGAAGAAUACGUGCAUCGCAUUGGUCGCACAGGGCGAAUGGGUAACUUAGGUUUGGCAACGUCGUUCUUCAACGAGAAGAACAGGAACCUGGUGCGAGACCUGAUGGAGCUGAUCGUGGAGACGAAGCAGGAGCUGCCCAGCUGGCUGGACGCCAUGGCCUCCGACCAGCGCAUGCCGCAGAGCAGCCGUCGCGGCGGGGGGUCCAGCAAGAGAUUCAGCGGAGGGUUUGGCUCACGAGACUACCGACAGCAGGGCGGCAGUCGUGGCAGCAUGUCCGGCGGGGGCCGUUCCAGUGGCUACGGUGGCGGCGGAGGGUUCUAUGGUGGUGGCAGUGGCGGGGGCGGGGGUGGAGGCUACGGGGGGUCGUACAGCAGCGGGAGUGGCACCGACUGGUGGGGGGGGAACUAGGCGCUGCCCCUUGCUUGCGUCGUUUCAACCAACUUCAAAGAAAAAAAAUUGGUGUUUUUUGAUGAUUAGAACAGCCCCUAUAUUAAUAGUCCAAAUCUGAAGGUACAUUGCACUUAUAUUUUAGAAUUGAGGAAAGAAACUUGACCAUUUUUAGGAAAAGGUCUCUUCGAAAAAUUCUUCUGCAAAAAUCUGUGUCAACUAUUUAUAAAUAAAGAAGAAAAAUAGUAUAAUUUAUGAGUAAUAGUUAUAUUUAAGGUUAUUACCAGUUGUAUUUAGUGAUGUACAUGUGUAUGGGAAUUUUUUUACUUGAGAGUAAUAAUUUUGGGCUAAUCUUUUAAUGAAUUUUGUAGCUUGGAGCAUUCAUUUUAAUGUAUUUAAACAUUUUUUUAGACUUUGUGUGAAAAUGAACAACUUUUCAAAUUGUUUCCAGUUGUCAUUUGUUGCUGUUUUGUACAUCACUAGGUGCUUAUUAAGAAUUUCAAGAAAAAUACAGAGAAAACAAGUAAAUAAUUUUCAGUGAUGCAAUGAAGGGAGAUAAAAAUUGUUAGCAGCACCCCCUGCCUGCCAGAAAACUUUAUAUGGAUCUGGUUUUAAAAAAAAAUACAUUUGUUUGGGGUACACACAAUAAGUGUAUGAUGGCAGAAAAUAAAACGUCUGCAGUGUCUUUAAUUCGCUGGGACCAUUCCUGUUGCGCCUCCCAAAGGCUGGUGCCGUCCACAUUUGCGACACUCGUUUCCAACUGGCCAAUGGACAGGUAGUUUUGUUACUUGUCAGGUGCUGAGGAAAUCUCUUAUGCACUUAGUACACAAUUAGGCUUUCAGGAGUUUUUCGCAAUUGACGUGCGACCAAACUGUUUACGGGUUCUUAACUUCGACUGGACUGCUCGAGCAAAGUCCUGCGUCGAUCCUCGGUUUUCUGUUCCUUUUGUGACGGCCGACUCGCACGGCAAUCGAUUUUGCCGGUGGGUGUUGGCCGUGGAAUGCAGGAAGAAAAUAAUGAGUAUUAUUAAUUUAGGUCCUGUGAGGAAGUUCAAGUUGUUCAAGUUCAAGUUCAUGUUCAUGUUUUUACUAGUACCUAAGACUCAUGUGAUAGGCACCUACAGUAAUGGAGAGUGCAAUACUUGGAACAUUUUAGUAUCAGUAUGAAAGUUUGUAUGGAAGUGUUUGGCCUAACUUCUUUGUGUCAAAAUGAAAAAAUAAAUAAAUUAGAAAUUAAACACCAUUCAUUAAAAGGAGUUGAUCAAAAAUAGCAUAAUUAUCGAUUUUUAACUUGGGCUUUUUUAUUUUGUGCUUUUCCACUUUUCGUUGUGGACACACGUGGUACCCCAAGCGUUGCAAGUUAUGUCGAUGGCGUAGCAACUUUGCGUGGCCGAGAAGUGUUGUUUCAUGAUGCAGGACAUAAAGUUGGGCAAUCGGGGGGCUGUUGCGUGCCCUGAAUGCGUGGCUCUGCCUCGCUGUUCUAAGAAUUUCCCUUUUUAAAGUUUGUGAUUGUGUAUGAUUAUUUUUUUAAGGGGACUGGUGCAGGUAAAAUAAUUAAAUGGAUUUCAGCCUAAUUUAACAGUUGAUGUUCAAGAUGUAUUUGUUUAUGCUCGUUUCUUGGAUGCAUUUGAUGAAUCACUGAAUGGUAGAUUUUGAAAUUAUUUAUCUGACCGACUGUAUCCUUUCAAGUGUAAAACAGAACAUUGUUUUGCUCUGAUAUUUCAUCCAAAGAAUCAAGUGUUUUCGGUUAAGCAGCAUGAGGUGUGCAGUAAUUUUUUCUGGACAGAACAAUUUAUUUUCUAAAAACUGCAAUUUUCCAAUCUUUAAAAAUUAUUUGCUUUUAAAAUGAUAUAAAAUUAUUGCUAUUGAAAAAAAAGUGCUUAAUUGCAGUUUGCGAAGCCUAAUAUAUAAUUAGAUUUAUUUUAAAAGAAACGUUUCUAUUAUUAAUUUAAAUUGCUUUGUAUCUCUUACGUUUUCCAGGAAUAUAACUUUGAAUUGGCAUGAUACGUUUAACAUUUAUUAAAUCUGGCAACAAUCGUAAAUAUCCAGAAAGGUGAUGGACAUAAAAAUUAGUUUGUUUGAAAGAGUCACAUUUCAUGAAAUAAGUUUAUUGUUCACCUCAUUAAAGUACUUGUGUACCUUCAGUGGCCCAUAAAGGUAACUUUACCAGUCAUUUCUCCAAGAAAUAAGUGUUGAUAAUGUGGAGACCAUCUUAUAUAAUGGUAAGUAUGAUACUGAACAUUGCACUUCAGUUUCAAGUGGUAUUCAGUUUAGCUAGUUUUCAAUUUCGAAUUUUUAAUUAUUCUCGUGCCUCUAACAACUGGCAUACUUUCUAAAGUAGCAUGAAAUAAUUAUUCUUAUAGUGUUUUUAGAAUAUUAUUUUAAUUUACUUUGAAAGUAUUUACUUUUAAAGUUAUUGUUUGUUGCUAGCUUUAUCCAUGAGAACAGAAAUGGUUAGCACUGUAAUUAAGGUGAUUGUAUUUUCAUGCACCAUUCCUCUUGAACACUGCAAUGCCUGGGAUAGUGUUAAACUCUAAAGUGACAGUUAAGGUUUUUUUUUCCGGUGGAGAACCAAUGUCUUCGUGCCUGGAUAAAGGUUUGCGUUUGUGAAUUGUUUUGAGUGGUGGUUGCCCCAAAAAUUAGUUCUUUAUAAUUUAUGCCCGGGGACUCUGCAUUUGCUUAAGCAGCACACAGGUAAUGUUAUUGGUUCCAACAUGAGUCAUUGCCGCAACUUUCAUUCGAAUAUUAUUUUACACUGGGGUUACUUUAUUCCUAAACGUGUCACCCAAUGAAACUUGUUUUAUUUUGUAUGCAACAUCAUUGGAAUGUCUGACAUUUUGACAUAUUUAUGCAGUACUUGAGUACUCCGAUAGCGGUUUAGAAUUUUAAAAAUUCAAACUCUUUCUGAAUGUUUUUGAAGAGUAACAUUGGAACAAAUAAAUAUCUCAACAAAAAUUUUGUGACUGUGUAUUCUAUUAACCGUUUUUUAAAAUUACUGAUUGCAAGACUAUGUUAGUUUAUUUGAAAUGUGUGUUGGCAAGCCUCGUGGGCAAUGUUCGUCGUGCUUUUGUGAUUGGCAGCACGUAAAGAUGAGUAAUUCUUUGUGAGAAUGGGCAAUGUGAAGUGUUUUGAGUAUGGUUAUAUUUAUCCUAUCUUAUUAGGCCCUGCCUUCAAUUUUUUUUAUGAAUAUAAAUAUUAAUCCAAAGCUUGCAUUACAGCUUUUUGUGGUAUAUUUAUGGACUAAUGGCUCUUCAAGGCAUGGAACCUAGCUUUGGGCACUUAUUGAUGUUAAUAGUCGUGGACUCGUGUGAUGAUCAUCAUAGUUUUAGUUUCUUAGCGAAAUGUGUAAUUUUCUCAGCCCACUGUAAAUAAAUAACGGGCUCUUGAUUAUAAAAAGCCUGGGAAGAUUUUAUUUAUGCCUUGUCAUGCCAGAAAUAUUGAUAUGUUAAAUCAAGAUUGAAAUUACAUCAAAAAGGAGUAAAAAGCCAUUACGACGAGGCCGAAUCCCCUGCAACGACUUAAAUAGAUCAGUUUUGAGUUUUGCUUAUAGCAAAUGCAGAGUCUGCAAGCGUAAGAGCAGGCCAAAGGCCAGGUACAACUUACAGUUAAAAAGAAAAUAUGCCUAAAAAAAUUCAGACGUAUGAUAAAUUGAUGAAUGUUAAUUCGUAAUAUGGGCACCAACCUGGUAUGGCCAAGUCCUGCAAAACCAUAAAUAAAUUAGAAAUGUUUGCCUGAUUUUAUUUAACUUCUUUUUCUUGAAUACAUUUGUCUUGUAAGAGACUAUCAAACUUCUGCUUUGAGGUGGGCACAAAUUAACCAUAGACCUAUUUAUUGAAUUUAAGAAUGUUUUCUUUGCUGAAAAAUAUCUCUUAUAAAUAGUAGCAGUCCUAAAUAUUUAUGUACUUUUUCUUUUUAGAAGUUUACUAUAACUGUAGCAGGGGGAAAUAAGACAGUAGUGAAGAUGACAGGAAGAUCUGAUGAAAAAAAGAGCUGAAGUGUGCUGGAUGAAGAUUUCUAUAUUCUAAGACUAGUGUACAAAAUAAAUGAAGAGUGUCCAUCUUAUGUUUGUUAAGAAUGAAAUUUAUUUGCUAUGGCAUAUAAUUUGGCACUGUUUUACUUUGUGAGACAUUUCCUAAUGUCACUAGGAAAAAAAAAAUCAUCUUAGAAUUUUUUCCACUGAUCUUAAAUUCAUUGUAAUUUUGUACUCUGAAUAUAUAAUCACUAAUGGGAUUGAGUUUUUAGAAACAUCAAGGAGGCAAGUUUCUCAAAUAUUAAGGAGUGAAGCUGUCGUUGAGGUGCAGUGUCUGUACUAUUUGAUUGUGGAAACCUUCAUCUAUGCUAGGAUGUUUUCAUGGUUACUUCAACAUGAAAGUAGUUUUGUCAUGGUCAGCAGGCUCAUUUGCAGAAUUUUUUUGCUUUCAAUUUCUUUCCUUUUGUUGGUGGGAAUGAUUGGUAAAUUUUUUUGUUUUAGGUUUUUAGGAGGUGGGGAUAUAUUGCCCCUUAUGGUCAGAUACAUAAUGUCUGACAGAAGUAUUGACACAGCUGCGUAACAUUUUUGAGCAUUAUUAUUUAACUAAACAGUUUUGACCAACCUGGUGUAAAAUAAAUCUGUGACAUGUAAAGUGAUGCACAACUGUGGUGAAAAUUAUAGUUUCAUUACACUUUACCCACACAUGUUAGUCGUGUUUGUGGGAUUUAUUUUAGUUCUGCUUUUAUUUUGUUUGUGUAAUCUAAUCUUUUCCUAUAGUGUAAUUUCCUAUGUAAUAGAUGUUUGUUAUUUCUAAUUGUUUUAAUAAAAAAAACCAAAAGAAAUGGGAAGUCACGGCUCUUGUUAGAAAUAUAUUAAAGUAGUUCUGUUUCAUUUCAUGUUAUCGCUUCGAAAUUCAAUUUGUCUCGAAACCAAAUUUUCUAGCAUGUUACAUUUAGCUGCCGAUAAUUUUAGCGCCACUGAUCAAUGGUUCUUCCAAGUAAAUGGAAUUGUUGCAGAUAUGCUGAUAUUACAUAGUGUUUGUGACAAGAUGUUACACUAAACUACAGUACAUUAGACAGAUGAAAUUGUUGUAAUAAAUUUAGAGAGGUCUAUGUUAUUCACAUGAACCUAAGUUGUGACACCACUUUUUGAGUGCUUUAUUUAUUAUGCAAGUCUUCUGUAAUCACUUGUGAAAGUGCUCCGUUUUUAAAAAGGUUGAAAAAAAUAUUUUUCCUCCUUUUGCCGUCCCUACGGAACUAUAUACGUAUAAAAUAAUUUAAGAGGAAGGUGGUGUUGGGGUUAGGAUGGUGUGUAAAACAACGUGAUAAGAUAGUUUGUGACCUGCAUAGUUUUUAUUUCUAUGUUGGCUGGGUUCUACCUUGUCAGCAUUUAUGUUUGUUCAAGAUUUACAUAGUUGGCACAUACAAAAGUAGAUCUAACUCAGUGAUAUUCGGUACAUAUUUUUGUGUUAAAAAUUUGUGUCUGGUUCUUAGUAACAUUUUGUUUGGGUGAAAUCACAGUAUUGUAUUCAGAUAGUAAACUGGUAUAAAGGAAACUUUCUAAUAGUUCAUGUGAUAAGUUACCUGGAUAAUUAAAAAUAAUUUUGCACCUUAUCUUCAAAGUUCCCCAAUGACCCGUUUAAGGUGAUUUCCUGGUUAAUUAACUUUUUUUAAAAAAUAAUAUAAUUAUUUUGGGAGUGUCAAAAGUAAGAAAUUUACAUUUUAAUCUGUAUCCACACGUGCAUUAUCAAUUUUGUUUUAUGUGGAAUUAUCUGUUUCGAAUGUCUAAAUGACCUAUUUCUUAUCUUUUUGGUUCAGCCAUAUCUUAUUUAUUUAUGUAUUUAACAGUUAACACACUAUCUAUAUAAUUAAAAGUUCCUUUAAUUAGUGCUGCCAAUCAUAGAAAAAUUUUUAUUAUUAGGGCUAUGAUUACUACUAUAGCAUUGUAAACAUGUGUGAUUAUUUUUUGUUUAGUAAUUUUCUUCAUUAUUAGUGUAUGUUAUUUUUUAAUAUACAAUAUCUUUUUUAUUAUUAAUUUUACAAUUUUUUUUGUACCUUUGCUGGUUGAAUGCUAAAGUAUAGAUUUUUCUCCAUUUCCGCUUUUCUUUCGCAUUUUCAUAGGUACGAAUGUGUUAUGGUAGUUUGUGUGAAUGAGUUUACAGUGUGCUUUAAGUUAAUGCUUAAGUGUUGCUUUAAAUAUAUUCUCAUUACAAUGAGAGGUUGGUAGCACUGUUUUGUGGAAAAUUAAUUUAGGCUAUAACCAGUUGGGGAUCCCGUGGUUUAAGGUAGGACUUUGAAAGUAUUUGGAAGCAGUGAAGAAUUACUGUGAUUUCAACCUGAUGCAAAUCAUGGUGAUGUCACAGGUACAACACUUUGAUUAAUAUUAUUUAUAUAUAGCUGAGAAAUGCUGGGGUAGUAUGUGACAGUUAACUUUUGUACUUUUUUUAAUAUAAAAAUGUCUUUUUAACAGUCACUGCCAUUGAAUGGUGUGGUGUCUGUGUGGAUUGUGUCUCCGGGAACUGUCGAAUGUGUGUGUGCAUGUUGUUUGUUGUAUUAACUUGUGUGGACGAAAAUCGUCUCAGCUAUGUCGCAUACUCAAAUCGUGUGCAGAUGACGUCAUUCUUUGUACCUGUGAUAGUCGCUCGCUCGUGGCAGCGAAGUGAUUUAUGGUGAGUUUUUUUAAUUUUUUUCCUCCCUUUUUUUACUUAGAACACUCUUAAACCCCUUUUCUUAAACAUAAUUUUAUCACCUGCUGCUAAAACGCGGGAGGCUAACUGGAAUUUGUUUUAUGUGCUGGUGGGACUUCUGAGGUUGAAACGUUGCCAGGCGUCUUCAACGUAUGUCCCGGGAAUUUACUCCGGCACCUUGCGGGUAGCAUUGGAGUGCAUUCGGCAGCCGCAGCUGUCGUUUGCCAUGUCGACUGUUAACUCAAAGGGAUGGCAAAACUUGGAGCACAGUUUUGCUCUUUAAAGGCAUUGCAUUUAACGUUAAAGGAAUUACUUGAAUUAUCCUGUAUUAUUUGUAGAGUUGUAAUUUUUGAAUUAUAUAAAUAAAACUACUGUAAACUAA